AAAGUCCAACUGCACCACGCCAUGUCCGCCGCGCCCACCGCGACCCCGGCGGCCACGGCCGACGACGACGAGAUCAUGUACGAGUCCAUGCCGCGCCUCCGCGUCUACAAGAGCCGCGUGGAGCGCUACCCGGCCGGCUCCGACUUCGUCGCCGCCUCCACCGACGCCGUCACCGGGGUCGCCUCCCGCGACACCGCCAUCUCCCCCAACGUCUCCGCGCGCCUCUACCUCCCCCGCCUGGACACCGCCGACGCAGUGGACGCCAGGCUCCCCGUCCUCGUCUACUACCACGGCGGCGGGUUCUGCCUCUUCUCCGCCUUCGACUCCACCUACCACGCCUACCUCAACGCCUUCGCCGCGCUCGCCCACGCUCUCGUCGUCUCCGUCGAGUACCGCCUCGCGCCCGAGCACCCCGUCCCCGCCGCGUACGCGGACUCGUGGGACGCGCUCGCAUGGGUCGUCUCCCACAGCUCCGGCGCAGGUCACGACCCGUGGCUCGCCCGCCACGCCGACCCCUCGCGCCUCUACCUCGGCGGCGACAGCGCCGGGGCCAACAUCGCGCACCACGUGGCCAUGCGUGCGGGUGCCAGCAUCCGCGGCCUCGUCCUGGUGCACCCAUACUUCCUGGGGAGCGACGAGGUGGGAUCCGACGGCCUGGACCCGGCGAUGCGGGAGCGGCUCGGAAGGCUGUGGCGCGUGGCGUGCCCGGCCGCCGCGGGGGAGGACGACCCGCUCAUCAACCCGCUCGCGGACGGUGCGCCGGGGCUCGAGGCCCUGGCGUGCGGGCGCGUCCUCGUGUGCGUCGCCGGGGCCGACGUCCUCCGCGACCGCGGCCGCGCCUACUACGACCGGCUCGGGGCGAGCGGCUGGCGUGGCGAGGCGGAGAUGUGGCAGGCGCCGGGGAAGGGGCACAGGUUCCACCUGCUGGAACCGGGCUGCGACGAGGCCGUGGCGCAGGACACGGCCAUCAGCGGCUUCCUCAACCGUUGACUCGCCGGCCACGAGCUCGACAUCACCGAAAGAAAAGUCGAGUGUGUGUAGCAUGCAUCCCCGCAAAAAAUAGUGUAGCUUCACCAUAUUACUCCCUCCGUUGCUAAAUAUAAAUCUUUCUACAUAUUCUAUUAAUAGACUACAUGAAGUAUUUAGGAACCGAGGGAGUAAGUCAUAGUAACUUUAACUUCGUCAUCGAUGAAUACUGCAUCGUCUAUGCUACCCUUAGUUAUGUACUCUGCGUCAAUACAUAAAACGU